UCCUUGUUCAGCAGAAAUCGCAAAGGUGGCAACCACACACGGCGACUGUAUAAAAUUGGAAUAAAAAUUGUUUUAUUAAAUUAUAAGCAUAAACAAUGGCUGCCACCCCAAGCGCCCCGGGCAAGACCGAGAUGAUCGACCUGACCAAGCUGAACCCGGAACAGCUGAUGCAGAUCAAGCAGGAGUUAGAGCAGGAGAUGACCAAAAUACAGGACUCGCUGUCGACGCUGCACGGCUGCAAAGCCAAGUACGCCGGCUCCAAGGAGGCGCUGGAAACCUUUCAGUCCAACUGGGAGAACCGCCAGAUCCUGGUGCCGCUGACCAGCAGUAUGUAUGUGCCAGGACGCGUCAAGGAUCUCAACAACUUUGUCAUAGACAUCGGCACCGGCUACUACAUCGAAAAGGAUCUUGAUGGCUCCAAGGACUACUUCAAGCGGCGCGUGGAUUACGUUCAGGAGCAGAUCGAGAAAAUCGAGAUAUGGAUCCUGCAGAAGACGCGCUUCCUCAACUCUGUGAUCGGUGUGCUAGAACUGAAGCAAGCGGCUGCCGCAAAGAUGCUGCAGGCACAGCAGCAAUCCCAGCCAGCGGCCACACAGAGCUCCUAGGACCACCUCCCAUCACGACCGAGACAGACACAGAGAGCAUUAAAUUAUUAAACCUAUAAACGAGAUGUGUGCAUUUAA